GGGCGGCUGGCCUCAGACUGCAGUCAGGCCGCCUUUGCACCAUGAGCCCCCAGCUGCUUCCCCUGCUGAUGCUGCUUCUGGCCGGCCCCCCCGCCGCUCAGCCGGCUCCCCCGACCUGCUACUCCAGGAUGCUGGCCCUGAGCCGGGAGAUCACCGCUGACUCCCGGAGCCUGCAGGCCACGGAGCCUUCGGAGCCGUGUGUGAGAUACAUGCCCAGGCUGUACCUGGAUAUACACAAUUACUGUGUGCUGGCCAAGCUGCGGGACUUUGUGGCAUCGCCCCAGUGUUGGAAGGUGGCCCGGGUAGAUGCCUUGAAGGACAAAGUGCGGAAACUGUACACCAUCAUGAACUCGUUCUGCAGGAGGGAUUUGGUGUUCCUGUUGGAUGACUGCAAUGCCUUGGAAUACCCAAUCCUAGUGACCACGGUCCUGCCAGAUCAUCAGAGCUAAGGCAGCUCAGACCAGAGAGAGACCCCAGGGGGACUGAAGUUAUGUCAGCUGCCCAGACACAAUGGGCUAAAGCCAUGGCCCCCACAGGUCUCCCUGAAACUGUCAUGUGUCUCUCCACCUUCUGGAAAGCAAGGCUUGUGCUCCUACCCUAGAAACGAUUUUUAACAUAGUUAGAAGCCUUGCUUCUCCUUCCCCUUGGUUUUGUCUUACCAGGAUGGUGAGGUACACAAGCAUGUUGAUUUGAUCACUAAGAAGAAAAGGGCAAACCAGCUUCUUUUUUAUGAGCAACUAGCUUGAGAACAAGCAAAAUAGUAUGUUUGCAGUACCACUUUAACGGAGUAGUGGUACCAUUUUUCUUUCUUGAUAAAAACCUGCUUUACAUUUAACCAAGCUUCUAUUUUAUACCUUCUCUCUCUACAAAUUUUCCUUACACUUAUCUUUCAAUUUUAAGGAAAUUUCAUUAUCUAUAAGAUGUAUUUGUGAGGUUCAUAAUUACAUAGUGCUGAUGGGAACCACUCUUUCAUUGAAAGGUGAUGAAAAUCAAAUAAAGACUAUCAUUACAGUGAGAAA